AUGAAAAUCGCUAUUGUUGCACCACUCUUUGAACACAUUCCUCCUACCAAGUAUGGUGGAACUGAACGAAUAAUCCAUUAUUUGGUUGAGCAACUCGUCGCUCUCGGACACUCGGUUACAUUGUACGCUACGGACGGCUCGCAAACCUCAGCAAAACUUGUCCCGUGCUAUUCUGGAACACUUCGAGAACACGGGAUAGGUUCGAAACCUGAAGAUACCGAGCGGAUUUACACAGCUCAGGUGAAAUUGGCAUGUUCCGCUGUUCCUGCUCAUGAUAUCGUGCACAUUCAUCAUGGACUAUAUCCUUAUCAUCCCGCGCUUCUGGAGACGAUCACCAACAUCCCAUUUGUCUGGACCGAUCACAACGCGGUGCACAAUGAUGGUAAACCUGAAAUAAUUGACCGACUUUUAAGGUUGGGUAUCAAACUUACGGCGCUGUCUGAUUCACACCGUAACACUGUUCCACUUGCGCCCUGGACGGCCACAAUCCACCAUGGUCUUCCAGUCAACUUGCUGAACGCCAAGCCUGCUGAUCCCAGCUACCUGGCAUUUUUGGGACGAAUCUCACCAGAGAAGGGCAUCUGCGAUGCUAUUUGGAUUGCAAAUCGCGCGAAGAUACAGUUAAAAAUUGCGGCGAAGGUUGACGCCGUGGAUCGCCUAUUUUACGAAAAGGAUGUGAAACCACUCCUGGAACAAUUGGAUGCGGAGUACAUUGGCGAAGUGACAGAGGAUGAAAAGGGGCCAUUUUUGAGUGCCGCAAAGGCAUUGAUCUUUCCCAUAUGCUGGGAAGAACCCUUUGGACUUGUCAUGAUUGAAGCCAUGGCUUGUGGAUGUCCAGUCAUUGCAUUCAAAAGAGGUUCUGUACCAGAAAUUAUCGAAGAUGGUGUGACUGGAUUUAUUGUUGAGACGCGAGAGGAGGCUUGUGAGGCUAUCCAAAAGCUGCCUCAACUUGACCGUCAGUACAUCCGAAAACGAUUCGAAGAAAGAUUUGUGUCAACCCUAAUGGCCGAAAAAUAUGUCGAGGCUUACAAGGCGUCCAUAGAGGCUUUCAAAAACACUCAUAAUCCUUUGGCUCUUGCUGGGCUACGCCCAUCGCUCCAAUCGCGACGUUCCACAGCAGCAAGCGCCCUUAUUCAUCAGGUAUCAAUGAAGGAUAGUGUAAACAACAAAGUCUACGAAAAACCAUUGACUGCCUAUACUGCGAGAAUUAUCUGA